UAUAACACUGAUUUCCCGCCAAUCGUCAGUGUUGAGUUAACGUUGAAACUUCUGUGGAUUCCUUUUUUUUCGAUUUACAAAGUUUUAGUUCAAUGUGAUAGUGACUAAAAUUCUUUGCAUUUUAUUUGUUAUUAUUAACCUCAUAAAGAAAACUCAGUUUUACAAAAUGCCUGGCGUUGAUGAAUGGGUAGAAUGCCCUCUCGGUAUUGUCAGUGAAAUAUUUGCAAAAAGUGGACCAUCUCAAUGUCAUGAAAAAGUUACAGAAUACUUUGAAAAGAGGCUCAAAGAAAAAAAUAAUUAUUCAUUGGUUCCUUCUCUAAACAAUGUUCCUGUUCACUGUCUGAAACCAAAUAGCUUGGUACGUUUUCGUUGUAUGAUCCAAGAUAUGUUUGAUCCAGAAUUUUUCUUGGGGGCUUAUGAGGUCAUUGACUUUAGGUCACAUGAGAAAAAGCUUCAACCAGGACUUUACAAAGACUUAGCAGAUUGUAAGGAUACAGAAGAAGUGGAUUUAAACUCUCCAGGAAAUACCACAAUGGACAGACUGACCUACUACUGUGUUAGUGUACCUGGUGAAACUGAAUGGGUGAAAGAUAGUUUUCUUACGUAUGAGUCAGAAACUAUUGAAGCAACCACUUCCACAACACCACAACGACAGAAAAGAUCAUUAGAGGAUGAAACUGAAGACAUGGAUACCUCAUGUAGUAAUAGCAGUGAAGCAGAAACAAAAAGAACAAGAACAGAUGCCAUGCAAGUCUCAGCACACAGUAGUCUAAACAUACCCAACUUGAAUUUUCCACUUCCAAAUUCUCAAGGCAAAGCUUGUCUUGUCAAACUGUAUGGAGGUUCAGAAAGCUUGAAAGUUAAUGACGUUGUUGAAGUUAUUGCUGUUCUUUCAGUGGAGCCAUCGCUAGCUCACGUUAGCCGUUUUGCUUCACAAAGAAAUGAGGGCAAUGAUGCAGUAUCCAUUGGAGGGCUUUCAGAAUUUGAGUCUGAAGAAUUAGAGGCACAUAAUCCACCACCAUCGCUGGUGCCACGUCUUCAUGCCAUAUUAAUUAAGCCUCUAGAUCACAUCAACCCAAAACUUCCAGUGGGACUUAAAUCUAGCAAAAACCAAAAAGUUAUCCAGGAAAUUCAAAAAGAAGCAGCUACUACAAGAGGAGAACUUCACACUAUCUUGACACAAGCUCUUCUUGGUGAUAGUUUAUCUGCUGAUUAUCUGUUAUGUCACCUGUUAUCUUCAGUUUACACUCGUUGCGAUGUCAUGGCUUUAGGAAAGCUAAGCCUUAACUUGACCAAGAUUCCUGUUCUUGAAGGUUAUAAGAAAAGCCUGUACCAACUAAUAGAAACACUUGUCACAAAGAGUUUUUACUUGCCAAUGACUCUUCAGAAUCUGAACACAUUCACUUUUGUUCCAAAGAAAGACUAUUCCCAAAACCGUUUGAUUAGUGGUAUACUUCAGUUGAGUGAUCAUACACACUUGGUUAUUGAUGAGACAUCUUUAAGUACUGGGCAGCUGGAAGCCAAAGGUGUACAGAAUAUAACUGCUCUUGGGAAUCUGAUUAAAUGGCAACGUGUGGAUUAUGAUUUCAGCUAUCAUAAGAUGGAGUUUUCUUCUAAUGUUGCUUCAUUAGUUCUUUCAGAAGGACGCUCUAUCCUUCCAACAGAUAUUCAAGUACCAUUAAAGCCACUUGUAAGGCCCGAGGAUUUUGACGAACAGUUUGGUUUGAUAAAAACCUAUCUUUCUGAAGGUUUACUAGAGAAGUUACGUAAUUAUAUUACUGUGUGUAAAGUUUUGGAGUUUGUAAUGAAUGAGGAUAUUCAAAAAAUAAUUCAAGAUGACUUUGUGCACAUGAGAAGAGAGAAUCAGAACAUGACAGCUGAUGAUCUUCAUUCACUUCUGGUUUUGGCCAGGUACCUUUCUCUUAGUGUUGGAUUUUCAACAAUGAAUAAAGAAUCUUGGGAAAAAGCGAAGGAACUGGAAAAAGAACGAAAAAGACGUCUGCAGUAAAGAGCACUUGAACUUUUACACACAGAACUGGGUCACUCAACUCUUUAGAUAGAAAGGAUCGAUCUUUUUUCCUGGCAAGCCGGGUGAUGCUUCAAGGGCAUAACAAUCUUUAUUCUGAAAUGAGAGUGAUCCUCAAUCAUGUGGGUGGCAUCUGCACUUUGAGAGAAUUAGUAUUAUUGUUUUGUCUAUAUAACUCCAUGUUCUCUCAGUCUAAAACAAGUUGAGGUAAGAUAUUAGUCUGAAUAGAGAUCACAGUUUGAAAUAGAUCAGUUUGUAUGCAGUAAAGGUGCACGUUUACUUUUGUGUUGGUUAUUGUUGUUU